CGCACUCAUGCCUUUAUUUUCACAACAGCACGUGGCACUAUGAGCCAUUAUAUGGGUGAUCACAGGUGGUUUCAUUUCACUUCUGUAUCCAAUACCCAGCAAUAGAAGUACAUUUCAGAAGUCUUCUUUUCAGACCCAGAGGCUUUUCAUCACACUGACAACAUAGUAGCGCGAAUUGCUCUCAGAGAAGGCUGCGAUACCUGUGAGCAGAAAGAACGGACAUUGAAAACCUAAUUUUUCUGUAUUUUUGGAGGCGAUUUGCGCGCAAGGGGUGGAGUGUUUCUGGUCCUGCGCUCUUUUAGCACUGUCUGUGAGUUUAGUGCUGUCUGUCUACGAGUUUUUGACUUGUGAUAGGCUAUUCAUCGGGAGAGCCCCGGUGUUGGAUCUGCCGGUGUACGGACACAAUUCGACUAUCACUGAUUUAUUGACCAACUGCAUUGAUUUAGGCAGUAGGUGGCAACCUCUGGUCACGUGAUGGCGCUGACAGUGAACCUGAUUGGUCCAUCUCCAUGGGGGUUUAGAAUAUACGGAGGAAGGGACUUCAAGAAGGCGAUAACCAUUUCCAAGGUCAACGGUGGCAGCAAAGCCGAGCUGGCUGCCCUGCAGCCUGGUGAUGUCAUCCUGGAGAUCAAUGGAGAGAACACAGUGGACAUGCUCAAUGUGGAGGCCCAGAACAAGAUCAAAAACUCCAAGACUCAACUGCAGCUGCUGGUGGAGAGGCCUGAGCCCCCCAGCCCUGAACAGACCAAUGGAACUACCACCCCAGAAAAGCUCACUGGACGCUUCCAGGAAGCAGUGCUGGUGAGUCGAGAUGAGAACCAGAACUACAGAGAGUACUCCAUCUCCAGCCCAGCCUCCCUGUCACCUGGACCCUACUCACCUGAGCCCCCUUCCAGCCCUGAGGGGAAGAGAGAGAGCACCAAGAGCAUCCAGCUGUGUUCGUGGUCUCCAGAAGAGAAGACGUCUAGUUACAAGCUGUCCAGACCACUGUCACAGGAGUUUUCCUCUUCAGACUUCAGGAGUAACUCUGUGUCCAGUCGAACGCCCACCCCUCCAGGAUGCUACUCGCCCCACAGCCCUGUCGACUGCGAGCUGUCUGUCUCCCCCAGGCGCAGCAGUUCCAGCUCUGACUUUACCAUGCAGAGGUUUGACCGGGAUUCAGAGGUCUACAAGAUGAUCCAGGAGAACAAGGAGUCUCGCACGGCUCCUCGACAGUCCAACACCUUCCGCAUGCUACAGGAGGUUCUGGAGGCCGAUGAGAAGGAGGCAGCUGUGCGGUUCCCAGGGCUCUCCCCCAAAACCACCCCCCCAAAACCAACAUCUCCCGGGGGUGGAGUCCCCAAGUACCACACCUGUGAGAAGUGUGGCAUCAGCAUUGUUACACAGGCGGUGCGCAUCAUGGACGACCGCUUCCGCCACCCAGAGUGCUACACCUGUUCUACACCAGAGUGCGGUCUCAACCUGAAGAUGCGAGGUCACUUCUGGGUGGGAGAGGAGAUGUUCUGUGAGAAGCAUGCCCACGAGAAUUACCAGGGCCUGGGCACUGCCCCACGUGCCACCAUCUCGCCCCGCCACUGAGGCUCCGUGACACCCAGCUUCCCCUCCCCUGGACCUCUGAGGGCUGGCACCCCACCUCUUACUGACUCACAGCGAUAGACCAUGGGCUAGGGAACAGGAGUGGGAGCUUCAGAUGUUGCAGCUCUAUAGCAUUCUAUAGCAUUUAACUAUACUCUGCAGUUAUAGCAUUCAGUUACCUUUCCUGUAAUUGGAUGAGAUUUGGAUGGAACAUUGUUUUCCCAGGCCCUCCUGGUUUUGGUUCAUUGUUAGCUCUAAUGUACAGCUGUAUCUUAUUCAGACCACUUAGUGGGUUACGCCUGCCACAUUCACACCAACCUGUUACACAACAGGACUGGUUUCCUGCUGGUGUAUGGAUCAGAUCAAUGAUGGAGCGUAACAUUUAAUCCUUUAAAUCACAUUGAAUCUCCUGCUGACCCAUUCAGAAGAAUGGAAACCAACUCUUCAUUUGAAUUACAUGGUGUCUGAAAAACAAGACAAACUAUAAAGGGGGAAAUUUCAUCUACAUCAAAGUUUGUGUGUGUGUUCAACUUGAGCAAGAGUUCUGGUAAUUCCUUUUGAAGUGAUGGUUUAAUAAGUGCCUGAAUUGCUGCCAUUUCCCCUGCUACUGGUUUCACUAUUGAAAGGUUUUAGUGGAUUCAUCUCUCCAGCCAGAAGCCUGUUUGUUUUCCUUUUGCAAUUUAGUUGGAAUGAUAAAAUACUUACUUGCUUUCUUAUUGCUUUUUGUUGGAUAAGGGAAUAUAAAGAUACAUGUGAUAUAUAUAAUAAGAAUGUUUUGUAAAUGUUUCUUUGAUAGAACAAUAUACAGUACCAUAUUAUAGGAUGUCAGAAGGCAUGUGUGGGCACAGGGUUGCAUGACUUGUAUAUCUUUUUUAGUGUGAAGAGGUUUGCUGAUGCUAUUACUGUAUAUUCUGUUUCUUCACAGCAGCACCCAGAGAGCAACACUAGAAUGUUAUUUUCAUGUCACAGUUAAUAAAAACACAUCAAAUUA